GUGUGCGAGUGUGUGAGUGAGUGUGUGGAUGCAUGCAUGUGUGUGUGUGUGUGUGUAUGUGCGUGCGAGUGAGUGCGCGGCUGAGGAGGGGAAAGCGAGAAGGGCCAGGGCGCGCUCCAGCAGCCUCGCUCGCCUAGCCAGCACCAUGUCGGGCCGGUCGGUUCGAGCCGAGACCAGGAGCCGGGCCAAAGAUGAUAUCAAGAAGGUCAUGGCGGCCAUCGAGAAAGUGCGCAAAUGGGAGAAGAAAUGGGUGACCGUAGGUGACAUGCGGAUCUAUAAGUGGGUCCCCGUUACAGAGCCGAAGGUAGAUGACAAAAAUAAAAGCAAGAAGAAGGGCAAAGAUGAAAAGUGUGGGUCUGAGGUGACCACCCCGGAGAACAGUUCGUCCCCAGGGAUGAUGGACAUGCACGAUGACAACAGCAAUCAGAGCUCCAUAGCUGAUGCGUCACCGAUUAAGCAGGAGAACAGCAGCAACUCCAGCCCGGUGCCAGAACCAAACUCGGCAGCACAGGGGGACGGCCCCGAAGCGAAGUCCGAUGAGGUCCAUGCAGAGCCGAAGGAGCAAGCCGGAUCAGAAGAUACUUCUGAUGAACAGAAUUCACAGUCUUCAAUGGAAAAUUCAAUGAACAGUUCAGAGAAAGUCGAAAUGCAACCCUCUGGGGACAACGAUAUAACCACAGAAGCAUCAAAUAACUCUCAGGAUUCCGAAGGAGCACCACCUUCUAAAAAGAUGAAACUAGAGGCUUCCCACCAAAACUCCGACGAGAUUUAGACACGGAAGUAGGUUUUUCCAAUCCCAUUUUUACCGAAGGUACACCGGUGGGGCUUCAUUCUAGAACACGCAGACCCACGCUGACCCACGCAGCUUCUCAUGGAUGAGAACAGAACUCCUAACUUUUUAAAGUUUACCCAGCAAAAA